GAUAUGUUCAGUUUUCAUCAAUGCCCUGCAACUGAAAAGCAGGACUAAAAAGUCAGCAAGAAAUACAGGAAGUGCACAGCCACAUUGCCAAUGGAGUCAGUGUCCCACCUUUUAUCUGAAUAUUUAUACAGGGGAUUCACUGCCUUCCAUGUGACAACUCCAUGCCGCCUAUAAUAUUCAAGAGCACAUCACUUGGAGCGUUCUGGAUCGUGACUGAGGAUGCAGUUUGUAUUUGACUGCUAAUCAGGCAGUGGCUGUGUCUGAGCAAGGCUUCAGUCAGGGAAGGCAGAAGAGAGCAAGACACCGGCUCCGUGGCUAUAGACUCAGCAGCAGCUGUGCUAGGGAAACGUCAGUGUGUGAGCAGCUCUGAUUCUCCAGCUGAGCACUCCUGAGAGACACAGAUAUAAAGACAUCGCACAGGAGCUCGCUCAUUACGCAGAUUCGCUUCUGAAACUUGCCCCCUCUCCAACUGCUUGGCACCCAGCCUUUCUAUCGCUGUUUCUGUUUUUUUUUUGCUCCUCAAGGUUCCACCGUAAGAUUCUGCACAAAUGAUGAACUUUCUGCGCCGGAGGCUUUCUGACAGCAGCUUUAUUGCCAAUUUGCCAAAUGGAUACAUGACUGACCUGCAGCGGCCAGAUCCCCCUCAGCCCCCUCCUCCAGUUUCCCCCACCCCAGAAAGGAGACAGUCGAGCCAGUCUACCGGAAGCAGCUUCUUCAGCUCCAUUUCAAAUGCUGUCAAGCAAACUACAGCUGCUGCUGCCGCCGGAUUAGUAGAGCAGACAUCCACAGGCGCUGCCAAGAAAGCCAAAAUUCUCCUCGUCAUCGAUGAACCUCACACCGACUGGGCGAAACUGUUCCGUGGGAAAAAAGUCCAUGGAGAAUAUGAUAUCAGAGUGGAACAGGCGGAAUUUGCUGAGAUUAACCUGAUUGCUCAAGCUGAUGGCACCUGUAUGGUGGACAUGCAAGUUUUGCGAAAUGGCACAAAAGUUGUCAGAUCAUUCAAACCUGACUUUAUCAUUGUGCGGCAACAUCCCUACAGCAUGGCAGAAAAUGAAGAUUUCCGGAAUAUUAUUAUAGGAUUUCAGUAUGGAGGCCUUCCAAGUGUGAACUCAUUAGAAUCCAUCUACAACUUUUGUGACAAGCCAUGGGUGUUUGCUCAGUUGGUAAGCAUUUACAAAAGCAUGGGCCCAGAGAAGUUUCCACUGAUUGAACAGGUCUUUUAUCCAAAUCAUAAGGAAAUGUUAACCAUGCCAACAUUUCCUGCUGUUGUGAAGAUUGGACAUGCUCAUUCAGGCAUGGGAAAGGUGAAAGUAGAAAAUCACUACGAUUUUCAGGACAUAGCAAGUGUGGUAGCCCUGACAAACACUUACGCCACAACCGAACCUUUCAUAGACUCCAAGUAUGAUAUAAGGAUCCAAAAAAUCGGCAAUAAUUACAAGGCUUACAUGAGAACAUCAAUAUCCGGAAACUGGAAAACAAAUACUGGGUCAGCCAUGCUUGAACAGAUUGCAAUGACAGAAAGGUACAGGUUUUGGGUUGAUAAAUGCUGUGAAAUGUUUGGUGGGUUGGAUAUCUGUGCUGUGAAAGCCGUCCAUGGAAAGGAUGGAAAGGAUUAUAUAAUUGAGGUCAUGGACUGCACAAUGCCAUUGAUUGGGGAGCACCAGGCCGAAGACAGAGAGCUUCUAACUGAAUUAGUUUUAGCCAAAAUGAACAAACUGAUACCAAGGACACCAAUUCCCUCACCUCAGAGACCUGCUGCCACACAACAACCACAGGGUGGAAGUUUGAAGGAGGUACAGGCACAGACAGGCUCAUUUCCUCAGCAGCGACCACCACCACAAGGGGGCCCAACACAACCCCAAGGACCACACCCACAAAGCCAAGGUCUACUGCCACAACAUCAUGCUUCUCCUGAGGGGCCACGUCCACAAGGAGGUCUGCGUCCUACUGGCCCCCCAACUCAACAACAAAGGCUGCCAAGCCAAGCAAUGCAACAACCACGGACUACUUUGCAAACCCAGCGACCACAAGGCCAACCACUGAAGGGGCAACCUGAGCAGAAGAUGCAAGCACAGCCUGCACUCAAAUCCCAGCCAACAACCCCUCAACAACAGCCACAGCCUCAUCCUCAGUUAAACAAAUCACAGUCUUUGACCAAUGCAUUCAACAUUACGGAAUCAUCAUUAUUUCGAUCAAAUUUGAAUGAGGAUGAAGCUAAAGCUGAAACAAUUCGUAAUUUGCGGAAGUCCUUUGCCAGCUUAUUUUCCGAUUAGAAGAAAUUGAAUGGCAUGAAGUGUUGGUUUACCCCAUGUCAAUGUUACACCAAGCUGUAGAGUGCUACUUUCAGUGAUAGUAGACUAAUUUGUUUUGUUGCCCUAAAGUUGAUGCCUUCUAUAAUGCAUUUGCAAAUGCUACUGUGGUAUGUACAUAAUAGGAUGUGGUUUAAUGAGCUGUUUUAUGUCAGUUAGAAGCAACAAGACUCUGGUAAACAUAAAACAGAUAAUACUCUAUUUAAGUCAGAACUAGUGCAAUAUUUGAGUGGUUUCAACAGGGGAAAGAAACUAAUCUUUAGCAUAUUCACUGUGAUGUUGUGGUAUGUGCACAGAGAUGCCUUAUAGUGAAUGUAUUAUUUCUAUAUUUUAUCCAUGAGGAAUUGUGACAAUAUGGUACUCAAUUAAACUGUGCUUCUUUCUGUUGACAGAAUACAAUAUUAUCUAACAAACUGCUUUUGUGAUUAAAUAGACUAUGCUGUAAUAAGUUUGACUCGGUACAUGUGUUGUGGCCAAUCUACAAGUUACUUUUGAAUUGAUCAAAAGUAACAAAAGAAAAAUGACCAGUAUUAACUGCGAAUUGAUUGAAAUCACUUUGAAAUAUUAGGAAUGAAUAAACAUUGCAUUCCUUAACAUUUGCACUUCUAAAAACUGCUUUCUUCUUAAAUGUAACUUAUAAAAGUAACUGCAGUUGUAGAAUAAUUUCCCAUAGAUAUCAAUGUAAUUUACAGUCUGUUAUCUUAGUGUGUCAUAAAAUCUAAUAUGUAGUAAGUUGUUAUUGUUAAUAUAUUUUAGUCUUUUGCUUGCUUUUCUAUCCCAGUACAGCUUGUAUGAUCUGAUAAAACUAAACAACUUUGUGUCCGGUGAGCAUAUACUCAUCAAAUAAAUGAGCAUUGUGACUUUUUGGGGAGAUACCUCCAAAGGAAACCAGAUAUUACAGCAUAUUAAAGUCGUCAUAUUUUGCUCUACAUAAUAGCCAUAUAAGCAUCAUCUGAUAUAACUGAUAUAUUACCAUUUUGGUAUUUCAUCACUUUAUUGUAGAAUGUUGGUGAAUUAAACCUACAGUAUACCACAUACCAAUCAUAUACUGAUACUUAUCAACAUUAAGAAUAAAGUCACAGAAAUUUAA